UUUGUAUCGACUGCGUACCAUCACUCUUUCCCUUGCUGUUUCAGCAAAACAAUUCUUGUAAUAUUUUUAAUUUUUAGAGAGAAACGAGACGAUCCCAGCAUGGAUUUUGGGGCGCUGCUGCACUUUGCCAAGAAAAAGGUUGACCAGACCAAGGAACAGCAGCAGCAGCAGGAUGGCAAGUUCUACAACACCAAAUACUCGCCGCCCAAGAAGGUGAGCAAGGAGAGCAAACAGCUGUCGAACAACAUCCAGAAGUUCCUCAAAAAGAAGGAGGCCGAGGAGGCGGAAAAGCGACGCGAAAAGAACCAAAAGGUGGCCGAACUGAUGGCCAAACGCGAUGAAAAAUCCAAAAAUAAGAUACGCAAAAUGCUCAAGGUAACCAAAUCGGCCAAUAAGUCGGUGCUGGAUGAUGCCAAGGAUGGCACUGGAGCAACGGACCAUGAGAUUGGCGAGGGUCAGGGCGAUGACUAUGGGUAUACGUCCAACGAGGCGAAUGCCUUGUAUGAGAAAUAUCUGGAGAAGGUGCAACAUGUGCAGGAUAAUAAGAGCUUUGCGCCCAGCCGACCGCAGUCGCUGCGCGACCUUUCCGGCACCAAGCAGCGCGUCAAGGCGGCCAUCGAUAGGGAGCGCCAGGAGGCUGAAUCCCAUACGCGUCAAAAGCGGGGCACAGGCACCAGUAGUAGUAGUAGCAGUAGCAGCAGCACCACCACCACCGCCUCCACCAAGUCUCAUGUUUCGCGUUCCUCCUCCUCGAAGACCCUGUACGAUCCCGAGGCGGAAAAGCGUGAAGAGGAGAACAAAAAACGCCUGGCUGAGCAGCAGAACCGAGCCAAGCUGAAGCGUGCUGCUCAGCCUCCGCCCAUGGACUUUCAGGCUUUGCUCCGUCUGGCCGAGCAAAAGCAGCACGAACCAGUGGUCUUUGCCCAGCCCGAGAAGAAGAAGGAGCCCGAGAGGCUGCUCUCGGCCAAGGAGAAGCGUGAAGCGGAGGAGCGACAGCGUUAUAGAGAGGAGCGGGCGCAGCGAGACAAGCUAAGGGAGAGCGGUGGCGAGAACAAGCCCAAGGCGACCGCCAGUCAAGGACCCAGCCGUAUGGAGCCCAAUGGACGCAUACCGAAGCUAUCGUCGCCCGCGAAGCCUCCACCACCAGCCUCCAGUAGUAAUGCCAAAGCCAAGCCGCCGAUUGAUACCUUCAAGCGGCCUGCCGUUACCGCCGCAACUCAACCUGUAAAGGCCUCCAGUUCCAGCCUCAGCUCCUCCCAAAGUAGUUCCCAUUCCUCUUCAAGCCAUCGUAAUCCUGCAGCAAGUACAAAGCUCUCCAUGAGUAGCAAUAAUAAUAAGACAGUGGCUACCGUGGCAACCAAGCCUGCUGAGAAGCCCAGCUCCAGAUCCAGUGGGAGCAGCUCCAAGGUAGCUCCGCCGCCGCCACCUCAGGCCUCACGCAAUCCCUAUGCCUUGGCCCAUAAAAACGGGACAGUACGCGCAUUUCCGCCCAUUGAUCGUCCAGCGGGCUCGGGGUCUUUGGCCAAAAAACAGAAACUAGCGCCAGCAGAUGUCAAAAACAAGACGAGCAAGCCACCGCCAAGUGGUUAUAAAAGACGCAUUUGUGACGACGAUGAGUCGGAGUACGAUUCCGAGCUGGACGACUUUAUUGACGACGGCGACUGCGAGGAGGAUAUAUCCUCGCAUAUCCGAAGUAUCUUUGGCUAUGAUAGGCGUCGUUAUAGGGAUCAAGAUGAUGAUGAUCGCGGCAUGGAGUCUAGUUUUGCACAAAUGCAGCGAGAGGAGUUUAUAAGCAAAAAGCUGGGCCUGCAAGAAGAUCUGGAGGACAUGCGCAAGGAGGCGAUGCAUAAAAAGCUUAAAAUGGCCAAAAAGCGAAGCAAACGUCUCGAUGAUGACGACGAUGAGGAUUGAGGUGAUCAACUCUUUUCACAAGUAAAUCUCAAACAAAGCUAAAAAAAAAAAACCUUAACCCAUUGCGACCUGUAUAUAGAGGUUAUCUCACCUGGUCGAGACGCUGAAUCAGCAGGAGCUGUGCCUUGUGCCUGUUGACAUUAUUUUCACCCCUGAAUGAUAUUCAUUACAUUGUGCAAUAAGUGUUAUUGAGGCCGCAUUCUGGUAUAAGAGCACACCUAGAGCACACGAUCCUAGAGCACGAUCUAAAAAAAACCUUAAAAAACCUUUAAAAACCUUUAAAAACCUUAAAAUACCUUAAUCCAUUGGGAAAUCAAUGAAACGCCAAACAAUUCCAAACUAAGGCGGGGCAAAUGACCCUUGGGUCUACGAACUCUCAAAAGAAUUCGAUUUGCGGACUUGAAGCGCGUGCAUUUGUGAUUUGCAUUUCCCCGGAAACCUGUUUAUGUCCCUAGGUUUAUUCAUAUCAUAUACAUGCAUAUAUAUAUAUAUAUAUAAUAAUACCUUGUAAUUCCUUAUACCAGAAUACCGGACAUCACUUAUUCCAAUACACACACACACACACAUAGCCUUUUUAGUUAGACCUAAAAAUUAAAAAUUUAUACAAUAAAUUCAAGGCCUUGCUAAAAAAGCA